GAGCUCUGGGCGAGGCAUGAGCUGAACCAGGACCGCUCUCAGAGCGCGACAAGGGAGAAGUACGUGGAGUCUCUGAAGAUCAACGGGUGGCUGCUCGGACAGCGAGGGGAGAUUCUCUUCCAGUAUGGCGGGCAGUACAAGUCCAGGGUCUCGACCAACGUGCACCGCAAGUUCAGGUGCAUCGGAGGAGCGCACUUGAUCGAGGCCUUCUACAUCGCCCUCAGGAGGGAUCAGAAUAACAAGCAGCUGGAGGCCACCCUCAAGGGCGGGGUUCCGAAUUGCACGGAGAUCGUGGCGAACGCGCCCAAGGACGCAAUCAUAUUCUUCAAGGAUCUUUCGAACACUCUCCACGGCGUGGCUAGUGCGACUGGCUUUGUGCAACUCUAUUCGAAAAUACCUGAUAUGGUGGACGGCUGGGCCAAUCAUUGGAAGGCAAAAAAGAAAGCCGCGAUUGCGGCCGGCAAGGGCCAACCGAAGCGGCGGAAGCUCGGCAGGAAGACUUCCCAACCAGAGGAGCCCCCCGUGCCUGAUCUUGAAGAUGCUGAUGCGGCGGGCAGCGAGCAGGCCGAUCCGGGUAAGAACAGCGAGACUGACCAGUGGGCGUGGCUGCAGAGGGCGUUCCCAAAAACGUUCUCGUCUUUCAUCCUGUACAAGCGGUGCCGCGCGCUGAAGGCUAAGCUAUCGAUUGGGGAUUCACCAACCAUCUGGGACAACUUCGAGGCACGCAUGAAUGCCACCUGCGAGUUCACGGACAUCGGCGAUAUGAAACUGCACGAGGCCCUUAUGGCAGUGCAGUGCCAGGUUGUUUUGGCCCUGCAGACUUUACCUGAGAAGAUCUUCAAGAUGCUGGCCUUGCCAAUCCUGUGUCUCACAGUGCCUUCGACUGACAAGAUGCCCUUCCUGCUCAAGAGCACGACUGAUGCCCUCUCUCUACAGAUGGGCCUCCUACCUGCGAAGGUUGCCACGCAAGGGGCGCCGUUGAAGGCGCCGGCAGCCAAGGCCAAGGCAAAGGCGAAGGCAGCCGCACAAAGCGGGGGCGGUGAUAACAUUACUGUAUUUGAGGACUGCUUGGAUAUCAUCGAGAGAUGCAAGCGCAACGCUGUCCAUGUCGGAGAGACUGCGUCUGACAUGGCCAUCGCCUACCUCGUCGAGUUCUUAGUGUUCAAGUUCACUACAGUCACUGUUGGCAGUAAGAAGUUGAAGAUCAAGACCUACAGCAAGCUUCGAGGCGCUCUUGCCCAGCACUGCGUUGCUGCUCACACGUUCAAGGAGGACGAGACGCAUGAGCACCUGCGCGACCUUGGCAUCGGCACUGAUCCGCAGGCCGGCGCUGAGGGCGAAGAAAAGGAGGCACAUGAAGAUGUCAAGGAAGAGAUUGUUCUGGGUCCAGCCCCGAACGGCUGGAAAACCGAGGAGUUGAAAUUGAUAUGUGAGUUUCUCAAGGAUGAACCGAACAUCGUCACUGACGCAGAGAGUCUUUGGGGCGAGUUUUCAAUGUACGCUUCGUCAGGUACAGAGACAUUCCAGACAAUUGCUUCUGUAACUCACCUCGUGAACCGCCUUUCCAAAGCGAUGCAGUCAGUGUGGGCAGACGUGACAUGUCCACUUGGCAAGCAGAGCAUGCUUCUCGCAGACAUGGGUGAGGUCACUGAGUCUGAGCUUACGGACUGCCAGAUCAAGGAGAGCUUAGCAACAGAAGAAAAGUGGAUGGGUUUCUUCAUUGCGCUGUUCCCCAUCGUGGAACCAUGUAUUCCAACGAACCUGGUCAAGUCCUGCAAGAUGCUCGUCGCCUGCGUUGACGAGGCUGCCCUGACGGAUAAUCAACGCGUCAAGCUCAGCCUUGCUCUGAAGGACGUUCACUACGUCGUUGCAGAAUUUGCCGAGGCCAGCGGUGACGCCUUGUCAACGGUUGGCUUUCUAAUGGAGCUUCGAGCUGCGUUGACUGUUAAACUACUCGAGGAGAUUAAUUCCGCACUCAAGACCAAGACGAAGAGCAACAAGGAGUAUGUUUUCAUCAGCCUGGCGAACUUGCUGAAGUCAAUGUCUGCUGAGGUGGCGAAGCGCGACUUCUGCUGCGAUGGCAAGAAGGAUUGGACUGACUCCUGGGCGGCUGCCGCAGCCAAGGCAUGCGAGCUCCUGAAGGACGAGGAGAUCCGCAAGCGGCAGGCAGAAGAGUUGCAGAAAGAACGGGAGAAGAAUGCUAUCGAGCGGCGCAAGAAAGCAGAGGCUGAGGCGGCUGCACAUGAAGCCGCACAGAAAUUAGACCUGAAGAAGUUAACGCUGGACCUUCUGAAGGGCAAGGCUACUCAAUGUGGAAUCGAGCUCGUUGGCAGCGAGACCAAGACAACGUUGAUCGAAGCAAUUGUGAAUCACCAUAAGAACAAGGUCAAGCAGGAACCAGAGGAUGAACAGGAGCAUGGCGCGGCGGAUGAUAAUACCAGCGCGACCUUCACUGAAGAGCAGUUGCGGCUCUUUGUGAGCCAGCCGCGCACGAGACCGGGAGCGGCCGCCACAGACGGUACAGAUCAGGAUCAGGCGGCAAAGCGCGAGAAGAACAUCGCAGAGUUGGUCCGAGUAUACGACAGCACAGCCUACCCAGCGAUCACCUCUAUCAUGCCCGUGCAUGAUGCAGCAGUGGACAGAACUACGCUGGCAGCCCUGGUCACGAUGCAGCUCCAGAAGCUCCAGGCUUUCAACCUGGAUGCCAUUUGCCUCAAGGUCAAAGCAGGGAGCUCCAUCGCAGAUUCGAUCGGAUCCAGUUUCAAGCCGAAGCUUUUCGUUGACUAUGACAAGCUUGAUUGGGAUGCCUUUUCGCUGCCCUUGAAAGGCAGAGUGGUCUGCACCAUCGGGAACGCUGGCCAGAAGUCCUUCUACGACAUGGGCUCGAUCGGCAUCGACGAUACAAAGUACAACAUGAUUGCCACUCCAGGCGACUUCGACCUGGGCUGGCGAGUCAAGGCGCUCAGUCCUGACAAGGAGGACAUUCCCGCGCUUGUUCCGCACGCUAUCGACGUGCAGCUGAAGGUGGCUGACAUCAAGAGGGCACUGGACUUCACGGUCGAAGAAGGCGAUGAACAGGAUACAUGCGCCCUGCACGCUCAGGUCCUCAAGAUGAAUCCCGACUUCAAGAAAGAGAUCGAGAACAUGAAGAUGGAGCGGCAGCAGCUUCACGACGGUGGCGAGACAUGCGGCCCCUUCGUGUUCGAGCUCACCAGGGCAGCUCUACCAGGAGAGAAGGCAGCCUUCGAGGCGAAGGUUGAGAAGGCAAAGGGCCGUGAGAAGCAGAGAAAGGCCGCGGAGAAGCUCCAGACUGAAUUCGACGAGGAGGCAGAGGGCGACGCUCGCCUGAGCGUGGAUGAGCUGCUCUCUGUCGCGCCUCACGUGGUCAAGAAAUAG